AUGAGCUUCCUCAGUAGCGCAAAUACCUGGAUUGAAUCCGAAGAACGUAGACGCAUCUUUUGGAACGCGUUCCUGAUGGACCGCUUCUGCAGUAUUGGAACAGGCUGGAACAACAGUCUGACCAGGAAUGACGUACGGCGGCGUCUCCCCUGCGAGGGUAAAAUCUGGGAGGCUGGAACACCGACCACUACGCCCUUCUUCGGCAUAGGCGAGAACAUGGCUCCGUCUCAGCAACAGCCGACCCCAACGAGCGAACGACUCCCUGCAAAUGAAGAAGAAGUCGAUUCGAUUGGUGGCUUUGCUUUCUGUAUCGAAGCUACCGAGAGCCUCAACCUCGUCACCAAGUUCUUCCUCCAGCACGGCAUCAAUUUCAAAGAUCCGCAGAGCAUUCAGAUCUGGCUGAUGCGGUUCAAGGAGCUGGACCUGAGGCUCGUCAGAUGGAGACUAUUCCUCCCACCGAAAUGGCGAACCGCCUGCGCUCUAAACGACGACGGCAACAUGGACCCAAACCUCACCCUCGCCCACAUCACGCACAACGCCGCCGUGAUCCAGCUCCACCAAAGCAUCGCUUACCCGGCCAAACAAUGGAACCGUUACUCCGCCAUCCUCCCUUCCUCCACCUCCGCCGGCACCUGCCUCACCGCCGCCAAAGAAAUCGUCAUGAUCGCCAAGGAAUUCCUGCGCGCAACCGACGGCAUCACCAAUCCCCAAUUCUCCUUCUGCCUCUUCAUCGCCGGCCGCGUCCUCCUCGCCCACUCCGCCCACUACACCCAACUCUUCUCCGACGAAGUCUCCAACGCCGUCCACCUCCUCCGCGCCAUCUCCACCCGCUGGAGCGGCGAACACUACACCGGCACCCGUGACACCUCCGGCAACCUGGCGUCCCGCUUCGCCGACCGCCUGGCCAGCGCGCACGCCAGCUUGCAGGAGGGCCGGCACGACGUGUCGUCGAAUCCCGUGCUGGAUAUCCGCGAGCCCGCGUACGCGGAGCAGCAGACGGGUACGGUGAUGAGGAGCGCUGGAGGCAGUGCGACGCCGUCCGGCCAACAGCAGGGCAGCAGCAACAGCAGCGGAGGUGCAGCAGGGGGGAUCGUGGCGGAUGGUCGGUUUCAAGCGGCUGAUGUUGGGGAGUCGCCGGAUUCGAUUAGUCUGGCGUUUCCGCCGCUGCCGUUGGCGUUUCAGGCGGGGGAGAUAAUGGGGGGUGCGGGAGGAGCGUUUGAUCCGAUGGGUGGUGCGGCGGCAAUGGCGGGGGCGCAGCAGGCGUUUGCGUCGCCGACGGGGCAGAGCUCGUAUGCGGCGUUUGAGGAUUUUCGGAGUAUCUUUGAUGACUCGUUUCAGCAGGAUUUGAGGGUCAGUACGUACUCGAACUUGCAGGAUAUGGGCCAGCAGGGGCCGUUUGGUGGGCUUGGUUGA